CCGGGGGCACUGCUACAUGGGGCGCACGGUCUCGCACGGAAAAUGGUCCGCCGUCGGUCUCUAGGCGCCCCGCUGAAGCUGCCGGGAUCGGAGUUGCCGGUGCGAGUCUGCGUCUCUUCCCCGCCUCGCCCGUGCUGUCGGGGCCAGUGAGAGAUGGGUCCCUCCGUGGCGCCCCGACGGCUGCGCCAGUGGGGCGGUACGGCGGGAGGCUGGCUCAGGAUCACUCUCGUCUCGUUCUUCGCCACUUUACCUGUGGAGCAGCUGCGCGCCUUCCCGUCCUCCCUCAGCGACUGCCAGACGCCGACCGGCUGGAACUGCUCCGGUUUUGAUGACCGGGACACAGACCUGUUCUUGUGCGACACCAACACAUGCAAGUUCGACGGGGAAUGUCUACGAAUUGGGAACAUGGUGACUUGCAUUUGUGACUUCAAGUGCAACAAUGACUACGCCCCAGUGUGCGGCUCCAACAAUCAGAACUACCAGAACGAGUGUUUCCUGCGCAGGGACGCCUGCAAGCAGCAGUCCGAAGUACUCAUUAUGUCAGAAGGCGCCUGUCCUGCCGAUGCCGGCUCAGGAUCAGGAGACGAUGGAGGAGAGGGCUCAGCCGAGGCAGGGCAGAAGGAAACGUCUACCUGCGACAUUUGCCAGUUCGGGGCUGAAUGUGACGUGGACGCGGAGGAUGUUUGGUGUGUUUGCAACAUCGACUGUUCCCACAUCAGCUUCAACCCGGUGUGCGCCUCGGACGGUCGUUCCUAUGACAACCCCUGCCAGGUGAAGGAGGCGUCCUGUCAGAAGCAGGAACGCAUCGAGGUCAAGUACCUGGGCCACUGCCAAGGCGACAUCAAAGGCGAAGAUGGACACUUCGCACGGACCGACCUCACAGUUGAGGAAAAAGAGGAUCCGAGGAACGAGCUGGCCCGCGGCCUGUACAUCCCCUGUCCAGAUCACUACAAAAACUACUGCGUCCACGGGGAGUGUCAGUUCCCUAGUAUCCUGGCUCAGCCCUCCUGCAGCUGUCACUCGGGUUUCAGAGGCCCCCAGUGUGACAUCAAAGAGUACAACGUGCUCUACGUGGUGCCAGGCUCUGGCAAACUGCACUAUGUCCUCAUCGCCUCUAUCAUUGGAGCACUUCAGGUGGUCAUCAUCUGUGUGGUGGUGCUCUGCAUUACCAGGAAGUGCCCCCGGACCAACAGGAUCAACCGGCAGAAGCAGAACAAUGUCCACUUCAGUACAGAGAACACCAUGCGCGCCUCCACGCGGCUCAUCUGAGUCCAGACACUCCGGACCGAGUCCACCUCCACUUUACGGGGCACUGUGGCGUUAGAUGUUUCCCCCUUUGUAGGCCAACCCCCGGAAAAUUAGGAUCUGCUUCCCCCCUCACUCCUCGCCCUCCGUCCCAGUAUGAACUUCAAGGAUGCCCAGGGAGGAUGGCGGUAAAGCAAAGAGCUGGAGUACCAGUCAGAGACCGGACUCGCAGACGUGGGGUGACAUCAGUCCCCACCGCCGCCAACCCCCUCAGGUGCAGAUGUGUCUCCCUGCACCGUGUCACU